CCAACAGCAUUCAGUGUUUUGUGUUCGGAAGACUGCGGCAGAAAAACAAAAAACAAAAUUCGCUCGCAUGUAUUUACUUCCUAACUUCAGUCGACUUGCUGAAAAGUACGCAUCCAACAAUUUUUUUUUCUUUUGUUACAUAUAUAUUGUGCUGUCAUUAAAUUUUGCCUGAAAAUUUGUGCCGUCGAUAAUACAAUCUUUUAGAAAAAAUCUAUUGAAACAGACAACUAUCUGUUUCAUUUUGUCCGAAAACAAAGAAAAGGGAAAAAUAUAUCUGUAUGUCCGUGUCUUGUUUGUUUGGAUUCUUAAACCUGUGUGCUCCGAGUGCGUGUAAAAAUCGUUGUUCUUCUAUCUUUUCCCCCCAACCAACAAAAGAUUGAAUAAAUACAUAAAAAAAAUAUUAAGUAAAUCCUAAACAAAUAUUUUGGUGCUGGAAGAUUAGAUUAACGGAGAAAUUGUUGACAAGUGAAAUUCAGAGAAAAAAAAAUAAGAAGAAAAAAGGGACAUGUGUGAUUAGCAGAUUUUAUGAUAUUCAAGAUCUAUAAAAGACUUGUUUGUACUAUGGCAUCUUCAGUUAAGGGUUUCGUGUAAUGAAAACAAUAAGUUUCUUUGUGCAUGUAGAUUCUGCUCUCAGUUGAUUUACUCUUCUCAAUCCUUCCGUAUACCCGGAAAAUUUGUGAUUUUUCCUCUAUUGUUGUCGUUGUUGAUGAAGGGUUUUUGGUUUGGAAUAGCGCUGCAAAACAUUCAUUAUCAUCAGAACUAGCUUCGCCUAAUGUAAAGUGUAAAUAGUGUUAGAAUUUAACGCAACGGACUCGAAGUGAUACAUAAAUAUCGCGUUUACGCACGAAACAUCAACCACAGUGAAAUCAACAUGUUCCGUGAGGAAGAAACGCUUUUGGCUGGUGCCAAAAAUGGAAACGCGCCAACAAUUGUCUCAAAUGGCAGCAAUGGCGAGGUCGAAAAAGCACCUUUUAUUGCCAAACCAGUACGGCUUACUCCAGCUUGGGAAGCGAACAACUUGCCAAACGAUGAACUAAAUUUCAGAGGAAUGACAAUGGAACGGGCUACACUGGAGAUAAAUCCCCCACGGGACAAGUUGAAUAUUAUAUUUUUUAUACUGGUGUUGCACGGAAUCGGUACCUUGAUGCCAUGGAACAUGUUUAUUAAUGCCAACGAUUAUUUCGUUAAGUAUAAAUUGAAUGCUAACUAUACGCAUAUUGAGGCAGACUAUGAUAAAGACUUUCAAUCCUAUAUGCCAUUGGCUGCGCAAAUUCCGAACGUCAUCCUGAACUGGCUAAAUAUCUUCUUCAAUUUGGGUGGAAACCUAACGCCUCGUAUCGUAUGGAGUAUUAUAAUUGAAGUGAUUGUCUUCAUUGUAACUGUUGGAUUGGCAAUGGUUGAUUCACAAGAGUGGCCAGGCAUUUUCUUCUGGGUUACUAUGACAUCCGUUGUAAUUCUAAAUAUUGCUGGUGGAAUUUAUCAAAACUCGGUCUACGGUAUGGCUUCAAAAUUGCCAGCCAAAUAUGUGGGCGCAGUGGUGUUGGGCUCGAACAUUAGUGGUGCAUUUACAUCAGUUAUAAACAUUCUCAGCACAUACUUCACAUCAUCUGUACGAACAGCAGCAAUUUACUACUUUAUCGGCGCAAUGUUUGCAUUGCUUGCCUGUUUCGAUACAUAUUUUGCACUGCCUUUGAAUAGAUUUUAUCGAUACCAUGAACUGAUGAAUGAGAAAGAAGUGGAAAAGGCACGAAAAUUGGGCGGACAAACCGGUCGGCCACCAUACUGGACCAUUUUCAAGCAAGCAUUCCCACAAUUGUUCAAUGUUUUCUUCAUAUUCUUCAUCACAUUGAGCUUGUUCCCAAACGUUCAGUUAGCUAUCGAGAAAUCUGAUCCAAAUUUCUGGGUACCGGACAAUAUUUAUAUGUCAGUGUUGUGCUUCUUGACGUUCAAUAUAAGUGCGAUGUUGGGCAGCUUGACAACAUCGUGGGUUCAAUGGCCAAAGAAAGAGCAUCUCAUAUGGCCGGUAUUGCUUCGAGUUGCAUUCAUUCCAUUGUUCUUAUUCGCCAACUAUAAACCAUAUAAAAUCAAUCGAGUCUUGCCAAUUUAUAUCAAAAACGAUUGGGCAUACUGGGGCAUUGGCUUCUCAAUGGCAUAUACUUCAGGAUAUCUCAGUGCAUUGGGUAUGAUGUAUGCACCGCAAACAGUCCCGCAACAACAUGCACAAACAGCCGGUAUGUUUGCUGCUGCUAUGCUUAUAACUGGAAUAUUCGCUGGAAUUUCAUCAUCAACCGUCUUCCCAUUUAUUGUAAGCAAUGUGUCCUGGUAACAUAUGUGUUCUUAUGUUGUUUCCAACAGCAUACACAUCUUACCAUUUGUUAAAAACAUGAAAAACAUUUGUUAAACCGAAAUUUUUCUAUCGAAGUAAUUCGCCGAAAAGCCACUGAAAACUAUGGAACACAAACAAACAAACACACACACAUUUUUUUUAAAAUAUCGACUAAAAUUGUAUUGUAUAAAGAAAUUUUUUGACUAGAGUAAAGACUCAAACAAAAAUAACAGUCCAGAAAUGGAGACAUGUAAUAAUGAUUACAGUAUACAGAAUGUUUGUUACUUGAUCCGUGACACAGGUCUACAAUAUGAGCAUAAAAAAUAACACUCAGUUGAGCAUUAUAAGCUGGGUAUUUCAAUGAUAAUUGUAUAUUCGCAAGUACAACAACAAGGGAACCCGUUUUUUUGUCUGUCUGAUGUACCCCAUAUUUUGAGACACUAUCUUCGAGUAAAUAAAUAUAAAUAUAUAACGCAAAAAAGAAGAAACCAACAAAAUUAUAAGAAUUGAGCUAAACUACCAAAAUUAAACUAUAUGUAAAGAAAGACGAAAGAGAAACAUCAUCAUAAUAACAACGUUUUUUUUUUCGAUUGAAAGACUUAUUUCCGUGAAUGGAGUGCAUUGCAACAAAUUCUGUGUGAAUGAAUUCAAGCAAUUUCUAUAUUUAGUUCCUGGCAUUUUGACUGAAAAAUCAUCUUCAUCAAAAAUAUGUUCCCCCCGAUUGCAAUCAAUCUGAUGCAAAUUUAAAUACCAAAAAAAAAUAACAUUUUGUCGCAUAUAUAGAAUCAAACUGACCUUUGUUUAAUGUUUUCAUUAAAAAUAAGUUUUUUUAUAGACAAUUUUUGUAAUUAACAAUUUGCAUAUUAUGGGCGAAAAAGAAAAUAAAAAACACACUCUUUGUCCCAAAAAAAUCUUUAAUAAUAAGCCAGUUGAAAUGAAGUUAAACAAAAAUCAUGCACUAAAUCAACGCAUAUUUUUUCUAAAUAGGCAACAAUCAUAAACAUAUUCACUUUUGAAAUAGCCAUUUCAAUAAUAACUAUAUCACGAGGACAACAACAAGAAAGAUGCAUUUGUAAUAGCUAUGGAAUUUUUUUAUAUACAUAUUUGCAUAACCAAAAUGACCCUCUUAUGACAAUUUACCUUAGAAUUUUAUAAAUAAAAAUUAAAAGAGAACAACAAAAAAUCAACGACUUGAAGCAUUGUAAAGUUGUACUAUUCCAUGAGACCAUAAAUAUUUCGUACUCUUGAUUUAGUUUAGUUUCUUUUUUCAGUAAUUGAUUUAAAUUUUAUGCAAAUCAUGACUGUCAUCUACAAAAAUAAUAUUUCCAACAAAUCGUACUUCAGCCUUUUAUCCGCAGCAUUCGAGAACCGUCUUCACAUUUUCAUUCAUUAUCAUCUUUUCUUUUGGUACUUUUUGAACGAAAUGAUGUUCAACAACUUAAAUGCGCAUCUUUGUCAUCACCACACGGACACUUCACAUUUUUCGAAUUCAGCUUAUAGUCAUCAUAUCAUAGAGCACGAGCUUUCGAUACGAUUUUCCCUAUUACCACAAACACAUUUUUCUUACAAUAUCCAAGAAGAAACGUUAACAUAUUUAAAAAAAAAAUGACAAUAAAUAAAUAAAUCAAAUAUAGAGAUUAAAUAGGCGUUAACAAUUUUCCAAAAUAAAAACAAAAUUCAAGCACUUAAAAGAAAAAUAGCCUCCUUCCAGAAAAAAUGCAAACGAUAUUUUCGAUAAAUAGUCAUCUUAACUCCUUUUAAAUGGCUCAUUAAAUGCGAAUACACAAAUGCGCAAUAAUUCACAAUCAAAAACCUCUUGAAAAUAAAUUUAUAUAGACAAUAAAAAAAACUCUGUACGCACA